UCGGCCGGAGGAAGGAGCUGCUCAGGUUUUCCGUGUCAGGGAAGAAGAAACUGGGCAGUUGAACUGCGCUGUGCGAUGCGCUUCCUGGGUUUUGAAGAACAAGGUCUUGAAGUCUUACUGGAAAGCAACUUCUUCCCAAAAUCAAAGGCAGGUUCAGUGCAGUAGCAAUAAUCCCAUGGUUUGCCCUGCCUGCAGCUGAAGUUAGGAUUCAUUGCAGUUUUGCUCAAUCUGCUGUGCUUCACAGGAGAGAUUUUCAUGGAUCUCAAUAGUGCUAGCACUAUUGUUCUGCGAGUCUUGACCCAAGCUACUAGUCAAGAUACUGCAGUGCUAAAACCAGCUGAAGAACAACUGAAGCAGUGGGAGACACAGCCAGGUUUUUAUUCAGUCUUGUUGAAUAUCUUUACAAAUCAUACCCUGGAUGUGAAUGUAAGAUGGUUAGCUGUGCUGUACUUCAAGAAUGGAAUUGAUCGGUAUUGGAGACGGGUGGCACCCCAUGCUCUUUCUGAAGAGGAAAAAUCUACCUUGCGUGCUGGACUUAUUACUAACUUUAAUGAGCCAGUGAAUCAGAUAGCAACUCAGAUCUCUGUACUGAUUGCUAAAGUUGCUAGGGUGGACUGCCCAAGGCAGUGGCCAGAACUUAUUCCCACUCUUCUGGAAUCUGUGAAAGUCCAAGAUGAUCUUCGACAACACAGAGCAUUACUUACCUUCUAUCAUGUUACGAAAACCUUGGCAUCCAAACGACUUGCUGCAGACAGGAAACUCUUUUAUGAUCUUGCGUCUGGUAUUUAUAGCUUUGCAUGUUCCUUAUGGAAUCAUCACACAGAUACAUUCCUACAGCAAGUUUGUACAGGGGAUGAAGCUGCAGCCACAAAUUCACUAGAAAGAACAUUGUUGUCAUUGAAAGUCCUUCGUAAACUGACAGUCCAUGGAUUUGUAGAACCUCAUCGGAGUGUAGAGGUGAUGGGCUUUCUACAUGCAGUGUUUGAACGGCUAAAACAGUUUCUGGAGUGUAGUAGACGUGUAGGAGGAGAAAACGUAUGUAGAGAUCGUCUAGAAAAGACUAUAAUUCUGUUCACUAAAGUGCUUUUGGACUUCCUGGAUCAACAUCCUUUUUCGUUUACCGCUUUGAUUCAGAGGUCAUUGGAGUUUGCUGUAAGCUAUGUUUUCACAGAGGCUGGUGAAGGAGUUGUAUUUGAGCGAUUUAUUGUACAGUGCAUGAAUCUCAUUAAGAUGAUUGUAAAAAAUUAUGCUUACAAGCCAUCCAAAAAUAUUGAAGAUAGCAGUCCUGAAACUCUUGAAGCACAUAAGAUAAAGACAGCAUUUUUCACAUAUCCAACACUAAUGGAAAUAUGCAGGAGAUUAGUCACUCACUAUUUCCUGCUAACAGAGGAAGAAUUGACAAUGUGGGAAGAGGACCCAGAAGGCUUCACUGUAGAAGAGACAGGAGGAGAUUCUUGGAAAUACAGUCUCAGACCAUGCACGGAAGUUCUUUUUAUUGAUAUUUUCCACGAAUAUAAUCAGACUCUUACCCCUGUGCUUUUAGAAAUGGUUCACAGUCUACAAGGAUCUACCAACAUGGAAGAUACCAGUGCCAUACUGAUUAAAGAUGCCGUGUAUAAUGCAGUUGGACUUGCUGCUUAUGAACUGUUUGAUAGUGUGGAUUUUGAUCAGUGGUUUAAAAAUCAACUAUUAGCAGAACUACAAAUUUCUCAUAACAGGUAUAAACCAAUACGCCGACGAGUAAUUUGGCUGAUUGGACAGUGGAUUUCUGUAAAAUUCAAAUCAGACUUGAGGCCUAUGUUGUAUGAGGCAAUUCGUAACUUGCUUCAGGACCAAGACUUAGUGGUCCGUAUUGAGACAGCCACAACACUAAAGUUAACUGUAGAUGACUUUGAGUUCAGAACGGACCAGUUCUUACCGUAUCUGGAAUCCAUGUUUACACUGCUCUUUCAGCUGCUUCAGGAAGUUACGGAAUGUGACACCAAAAUGCACGUUCUUCAUGUUCUGUCUUGUGUGAUUGAAAGGGUCAAUAUGCAGAUACGACCAUAUGUAGGAUGUUUGGUUCAAUACUUACCCCUCCUUUGGAAACAGAGCGAGGAGCACAAUAUGCUACGAUGUGCCAUUCUAACCACCCUAAUCCAUCUUGUUCAGGGACUGGGGGCAGACAGCAAAAAUCUCUAUCCGUUUCUACUUCCAGUUAUUCAGCUAAGUACAGAUGUUUCCCAGCCUCCGCAUGUCUAUCUUCUGGAAGAUGGUUUAGAAUUGUGGUUAGUAACAUUGGAGAAUAGCCCGUGUCUUACACCUGAGCUCCUGAGAAUAUUUCAGAACAUGUCUGCCCUUCUCGAGUUGAGUUCAGAAAACCUCAAAAACUGCUUUAAGAUCAUCAAUGCUUAUAUUUUCUUAUCCUCUUCUGAAUUUUUACAGAUGUAUGCCACUGAUUUGUGCCGGUCAUUUUGUGAACUCUUAAAGGACAUAACUACUGAAGGUCAAGUUCAAGUUUUAAAGGUUGUGGAAAAUGUCCUAAAAGUAAAUCCAGUUUUGGGGCCUCAAAUGUUUCAACCUCUUCUUCCAUCAGUAUUCAGGGGGAUUAUAGAUGGGGAGAGAUAUCCAAUGGUGAUGUCUACUUAUCUGGGGGUCAUGGGUAGAGUUCUACUACAAAACACAAGUUUUUUUUCAUUACUUUUGAGCCAGAUGGCUUGUGAAUUGGGUCAGGAGUUGGACCAAAUUCUCGGUAACAUGAUUGAAAUGUGGGUUGAUCGGAUGGAUAACAUCACUCAGCCAGAAAGACGAAAACUUUCUGCUUUGGCGUUGCUGUCACUUCUGCCAUCAGUGAAUAGUGUUAUCCAAGAUAAAUUUUGUGGUAUCAUCAGCAUUUCAGUGGAAGGGCUACAUGACGUUAUGACUGAAGAUCCUGAAACAGGAACAUACAAAGACUGCAUGCUGAUGUCUCAUUUUGAAGAGCCCAAAGUUACAGAAGAUGAGGAACCUCCCACAGAACAAGAUAAAAGGAAGAAGAUGCUUGCAUUGAAGGACCCCAUACACACUGUGUCAUUGCAGCAGUUCGUCUAUGAGAAGCUAAAGGCCAAGAAGGAAUUACUGGGAGAACAAGGUUUUCAUGCGCUUAUGGAAACUGUGGAUACAGAAAUAGUUGCACAGCUACAAGAAUUUUUACAAGGCUUCUAAACAAGUAGAAACAAGAUUUUUUUUUAUGUCCAACUUCCCUUUCAAAAAAUACAAAAAAACCCAAAACUCUGGGCUUCCCUCUUGUAUAGAAGAGCCUACUGAAAGCUGAAAAUAACUUGUUUAAAAAAAAAAAAAACACACACACACCGAAUCCUUGAAAACGUUUUUUCCUCACUGUAAGGCUGAAGGAAUAAAUGUAAAUUGGCUCCUGACUAGAGUUUACAAACUUGUUUCAUGAGUGUGUGAUUUUCUGUAUAUGAAGAAUGGUGGAUUUGCAUAAGGAAAUAUGUUUAAUAAUUUUUUUGCUUCCUUUGCUAUUAAUAGAAAAGGCGAGGUUUUUGACUUUGUCAUUGCAUAGUCCUAACAUUGAGAAGUGGAAGCUGAUUUUGGAGGUGUUUUUAUGCAAUGGUAACAUUGUAAUUUCUCUGCCUUACCCUUCUUAAUUGCUACUGGGUUUUUUUUCUUCAGCUGUUUAAGUAGGGGUACUGUUACAGGAGGAAACACUAAGUUUUUAAUUAAAUUUAAAUGUUAAACGUUAUAUGCACACACAAAUCUGUGUAUGCCUAAGAUUCCCAGGCUUAAGGAGUUGAAUGACAUUUUUUCCUUUCAAAAGAAUGAGUAAAUUACCAAAUGUGAAUUUUGCCUGAAGUUGAUAGGGUUUGAGUGUACUGUAGGUAUUUAAGCUAACAGCCUUGGUAGAAGUGGGAUUUAGGGUGUAUUUAGCGUUGCUGAGUAAGAGUCCUUUUCAUAAGGUAAUGAACAUCAUCUGAAACCUAUUGAGUACAUUUGAUUUUAGAGCAGACCCUGUAGGAUGUAAUGAGGAUAGCUGACUUAUGAAACAUGAUGGAGAAAUCUUGAGCAUAGUUGGUGAUUCAAAGGAGGUAUUUUUUUGUCAUCCCUCAUUACUAUCUUUAUUCCUCAAUAGAAAAAAAAUGUUGCAGGGAAAGUGAACAAGGGAAAAAUUAUUCUUAUGCAGUUCUUCUAUGCUGACAGACUGAGUUUUAUUUUCUCAAAACUGUUUGAUAUCAAAAUGCACAGUACAAUCUUACUAUAGAUGGCUAUGUACAGCGUGUAACUGCAGAGUCCUUUGUUCCUCUGAGAUACAGAACUGUACUACAAAUUCCAAUGUUUCCAAAAAGACAAACAGUAAAGUGUCAAUUAGACUUUCCAAAGAUACCUCACUUCUGACUUACUUAAUUUGCAUACUGUUACUAUAGUAUGUAAAACUACCUGUAAUUUAGAGAAUGAUGCCCUCCUCCACUUACCUUAUUGGACCUUUAAGGAAUGAUUGUGCUGUCACAUAGAAUAAGUCCUUAAAACUCUUUGUGGCCUUGAUUUUUCCUCUGUGCUUUAAGAUCAACUAAAAGCUUCUUUGCAUGAGUUAACCCUCACACUGUUAAUAUUUCCAUUACUCAUUCUAAAACACAUUUAAAUAGACUUUCCUGGAUUAUUUUCUGUAGAAUAACUGUUGCCUUUAAUUUGAUACCAAUGCACAAAUAUAAAGACGGACAAUAUAAAGACACAUAUGAAGAUGGACAUUCCACAAAAUGCCCAUCUCUCCUGAUGGGCUUUCAGCUUUAAUUACAGUGUUAUUGAAGGUUUGUUUUAACUAUAAUUUUAUGUAGUGUUACAUGAAAAGAAAGUUUUGUUUUUUUCCAAUCCUUCAGUUAAUUUAUAGCUUUUAGUGCUGAGUUACAGAGAGAACUGUUGCCCACCUUAAACUUCUGUUGUUGCUAUUAAACUAACUUUGUUAA